CGAACCUCAUAUGUAACUUGUAAGGAAGUAUCUACUCUAAACCAUCCCCCCCUCCAACCGCUCUGGCUGUCUGCUUCCUGCCUACAUGGCCAUCGCGGAACCCACCCCAAGGCGCCACAGAAACACCUUCUACCGACAUGCAGCAGAAGCAAAUCUUGCCUGGGCGUCUCGUAAUUUCUUCUUCUUCCUCUUCGCGCUAGGCCAGUGUCUGGCCAUGACGACGUUGAGCUACGGCAUGCAACUCAGUACUCUUACUCUACUGGCACUCAUGACGAAGGGAGAGGAGCAGUGGGAAUGGAAGGAGAAGGGGAAGGAGAAGGAAGGAGUGGAGAAGGAGAAGGAGAAGAAGGAGAAGGAGGAGAAGAUGGAGAAAGAGCUCAAGUUGUCCCUUGCAAACUCAAUCCGCCAGUGA